CCUUGAAUCUUCUCUUUUCGCUUCGUUGCUUCGCAGGAGGUGUAGCGAUUGCAAGCGUCGCUUCUUAGGCUCCUUCGUGGCUGUUCGACUUCGCUCUUUCGACGACUCUCCCUUCCUGUCGGAUCGGGAGUUACGUCAUUUUGAUCGGAAGCAACAACGGGAGCUCGCUGGCUGUGAAGGUAACUUUCUUCCUUUCGCGCGCUUCUUCGGUCAAUUCCCACAAAUCCGCCGAACAGAGGGAUUUAGUAAAUCCUGGAUUUAAGCCGUAAAUCCUUAAUUCCGGGAUUUACCCAUCGCCAGGAUUUAACGCGCGCACAAAAACCGUUUGGUUGGAUUUAGCGUAAAUCCGACUUAAAUCCCGCUGUAAAUCCGAUACCAAACAGCCCCGUACACCUGCAAAAUACAUGGCGAAAGCGGCGCAGCCAGCCAAUUCUACUGCUCACGCGAACGCCUCAGUGAGGAGGGAGCCGAAAACUGAUGAAGGCCAUGUAAAUGAUCAACGAUGCCAAACAAGCCCUAAAAUCGCAUUCGAAAACGAGGAGAAAGAGCUUAAAACUCGAAAAGCCAAGCCCCUUGCUGCCAGAGCUGCCGCUUCCGCUUGUUUGAAGCUUCGGAUGGAGAGUGGAGGCCAUUGGAUGUUACGGAAGCAGCAGCUGUGGGCCGUCAGCGGCAUAAACCACCGAAGGCUGGACCGUCUCCUCGACCGGUUAGCUGCUGGCCACCAGUGGAGAGAGGCCAGUGCGGUUUUGAGCACCCUGUUCGCGAGUUACCCUUCUUACUAUUCUCCGUCGGAGGACCGGAAAAACUUCAUGAUCGCUAUGGAGCUUCAGAAACGGUUCUGUUGGAAUAGAAGCUACCAUAAUUUGAUCAAAUCCACUUAUGAAAUAUGGUUUGGUAAAUUAUCCAUGAAAGGGAAUGAGAAGAUACACUUACUUCAGCUGGAAUUAACACUAUUUUAUCUCACUCAAGGGAAGUUUACAGAGGCACAUUCUCACACAAGAUUUCUUCUUACUGAGGAAUUUGGAUGCGAGCCGUUCAUAAACUUGAUCCAUGGAUUGAUACUUUAUCAGCUCUGGUAUGCUGAUUUACCUGAAGAGAUGCAAAUAAAGGGUUUUGAUGCUCAGACAUCAUCAGAUGCAUUUGGAUUGACCUUGAUUGAUGGCUUCCAGGAAACUGAAAUUGGUGAAAGUUCAAAUGGUCAUGAUGCUGUUGAUAUUGAGAAUUCCAAAGCUUCUUUUCAAUGUUCUUCAGAAAGCUCAGUUGGCAAUGAGAAAGUCUUUAUGGUAGGAAAAUAUGAUGUGCCAAGAAAAAAUUCUGUUGAUGCUUUUAAUGCACAGGGCCACAUUAGCCAAUGUGAUGAAAGCCAAUGCGAUGAAGAAGAAAGAGGACUCCCCAUAAAUCAGGAUAACUUUGUUAACACAUCCAUCUAUUUUGCAUCCGGACUGGACAAAAGAUUGUUGCCUAUACAACUGAAACUUUUGACAGAGGAUCCGAUUCAGUCAAUACUGCUCUACAGGAAGUUGGCCAAUGAGAAGUACAGAGAUGCAGUGAAACAUUUGCGCCGUGCUCUUCAUUCAACACCGCCAUUGUUAGCUGCAUUGCUUCCUUUGAUACAGCUAUUGUUGCUUGGUGAUCAGGUACGUGAGGCAUUUGUUGAGCUUGACAAGGCCUGCCAUGAGUUAGAUUCAGCACUUCCUUUCAGAUUGAAGGCUAGACUUCUACAAUGUUUUUGUAGUAGUGAGAUCUCCACGAUUUCCAGCUGCUAUGAGAGCGCCUUGACGAGGGACCCUUCAUGUAAUUACUCUAUCGAAAGGCUUAUCAAAAUGCACAAAACAGGAUUGUUACUUUGUAUUGUCAAUUAUGCUAAAUUGUUUAAUACAGGGGAUUAUAAUGUUACACCACUAGUGGAGACGCUAGCUAAGCAUUUAGAUGCUGUCGAUGGGAAAUGCAGCAUUUGGGAAGAAUUUGCUUCUUGUUUUCUUGAACUCCAAACAGCCAUGCUUUUUCACAGUGAAGAUUGCAUUUCAGCAAACAUGGGAGUUGUAACAGAUAAUGUCUACUGUAAUAGAAUACCUACAAUGUUUACUGAAGGAGAAACUGGAGAUACUUGGAGACUUCGCUGUAGAUGGUGGGUAUCACGCCACUUUGGCAGAAGUAUUUCUCUCUCUGAGAUCCAGGCUGGUGAGUGGAUGCUCUUACAAUUCAAGGCUGCUUGUGCUAUUCAUUUGUACGGUCCAAACUUUGAAUAUGUGACUGCUGUUAUUAAUAGCUUUACACAACAAGGGAACGCUAGCCAGCUCUCUUACUUGAACAUCCACAUCAAAAAUCCUAUGAAUCUCAGAGACAUUCUGGCGGAGCUUUAAGAGAUAAUCACCAACUGCAGUUUCUAACCGAGAGAUAUCUUUGAUUUGAAAGAAUGCGCAAUCUUUUUCCAUCCUUUACGAACAAGGAUAUUGGACUUUCCUCCCAUCUGAGAUGGCUCCUCUAAAUCAGUCUUCUUAACUUGAGGAAAGUAUAUUAUGCAUAUCAUUCGAUCUGCUUUAUCUCAACCAACAGUAGUGCAGUUAAGGUUUUGUUUGAGAUGGCUUUCUUACUAC